CAUUUCAGCCAAGCUGGUUUUUGGGCGGAAUGACGGGUGCUCUUCAAACUGCCCUACCCCCUCAGGAUAUUGGAUUUCUAGCUCUGGUUUAAAGUAAUUCUUGAAUAACAGCACCGUGUAAUUCAGGAUCUUCGCAUUUCUGAUGGCGCUGGUGAAAAGUGGAUGGUUGCUCCGGCAAAGCACUAUAUUGCGGCGCUGGAAGAAGAAUUGGUUUGAUCUGUGGUCUCAUGGCCAUUUAUUAUUUUAUGAUGACCAACAUCGACACGAUCUAGAAGACAGAAUUCAUAUGAAAGUUGACUGUAUCAACAUCAGAGUGGGCAAUGAAUGCCGAGGAUUCCAGCCUCCCGAAGGGAAACCACGUGACUGCUUGCUGCAGAUCAUUUGCCGUGAUGGGAAAGUCCUCAACCUCUGUGCAGAAAGCUCUGAUGAUUGCUUGGCUUGGAAAAUUGCUCUCCAAGAUGCUAGAACAAAUGAGGCUUAUAUUGGUUCUGAAGUGAUGUAUGAAGACACUGCAAUUUCCUCUGCUCCUCCUCCCUACACAGCCUAUGCUGCACCAUCUCCAGAGGUUUAUGGCUAUCCACAGUAUAAUGGUGCAUAUCCACCUCCAGGUCCUCAGGUCAUCUAUACUUCUAGUGGACAGACAUAUGCAAUCCCUUACCAAUAUCCAAACCAAGGUCCCUACGGACAUCCUCCUGCAAAUCAUGUCAUCAUCCGAGAACGUUACCGAGAUAAUGAUGGGGACCUGGCACUGGGCAUGCUUGCUGGAGCAGCAACAGGAAUGGCCCUAGGGUCAUUGUUUUGGGUGUUCUAGGUUUCCUCUGGAGCCAAAAGUCGCGAAGGAGAUCCCAUAUCUUCUAUGUGCAAUAAUAUAUACAUUUUCAAAAUAAUGAAGUUUAAUCUAUGGAUUUUUAAUACAUUCUAGUAAUACUUUUGCUAGUGACACACUGGAAUUGUAGUUAACCAAAUUCCUAACUAUCCCAAAGGUGCACUUUAGUUGAAAAAAAUGGUUAAUCUAAUGGCUUGUGGUCAGAUGACUUUGUUAUUCUAUGCAUUGUGCAGUAAGUCACAGUGAUAUCAAUGAAGUGUUGCUGAUAAUGACUAAAUGACCACCAUUGACUUGUUUGUACUGUCAGAUGGUAGCCAUCUUGUUCAAAUUACUUCAACUGCUGCUGCAGAAUGUAAUAUGCAGUGCGGGGUAGCAUAAUAAAAACAAAGUUUUAUUUCAGGA